AUGAGUUCGCAAAUCCAAAUGCCUCCAGGGAAAACUUAUUCAGUGCCUCACGAAGCGGCAGACCUCCUUCUGAGGGGCAUCAUACAAAACCCCUUGGUCAAAGACUUGCCCGAGAAUGCAGAGGAAUUGUAUAGCCACGUCAAAUUCGAAGGCCAUGCGACACCAAGUAUCCCAAUCAACUGGCGAUUUUCAGAAAGCAUCUCAGCGCUAAAGGGAUUUGAAGCGGUUAUGCUCAAUGGUCUCAUCACUCGUAAAUACGGUGUUGCUCCUGUCGAUGUCACAAUCAACACCAUGAACCCCGACCAUUGCCUGACCGCUCUGGGACUGCCACUUGAUGGCGAAGAUACCGAUACUUAUGAGGCCAUUGUGGAAAGGAUCCAGGCCGCUGUCUCGCAGCACAACGGAGCGGACUUGGACGAACUGAUGAACGAGCAAUACCGACAGGCAGGAACCAUUGCAUACACGGCAGAUGAGUACUUUGCGACCGAACAAGGCAAGAACGACGUCGGUCUGUAUGAGAUUCAUAAAGACAAUGAUUCCACGCAACCUGCAGGAUGGUGGCCCGAGAAUUCAAGCCUGCCGUCUUCCCCCAAGCGUCCACUCGCGGGACUCAAGGUUGUUGACCUCACUCGCGUUAUUGCUGGUCCGUCUCUUUGCCGCAGCUUGGCUGAGCUGGGCGCAAGCGUUAUGAGGAUUGUGUCGCCACAAAUUACUGACAUGACGCCGGUGCACCAGGACUUGAACUGGGGGAAGUGGAAUGCAUUCUUGCAUCUCAAGGACGAGGCAGAUAAGGAGAAAUUCCGAGCGCUCAUUCGUGAAGCAGACGUGGUUGUUGAUGGGUAUCGGCCCGGCGUCAUGGAAAAGCUCGGCUUCGGCCGCCAAGCCAUCUUCGACCUGGUCAAGGACCGUCAGCACGGCAUCAUCCACGUCCGCGAAAACUGCUACGGCUGGCAUGGUCCCUGGACGCAUCGAUCUGGUUGGCAGCCAAAAUCAGUGAUGCGGUUCGUAACCCACCUCGGAACCAAAACGCUCACAUCUCAGCUAACCUACCGCCAGUGCUGUGGAGUAUCCCUCGAAUACGGAAAAGCCAUGGGCCACGGCGAAGCCGUAACGCCCGUCUUUCCCAACGCUGACUACUGCGCCGCCGUUCUCGACGCGCUCGUCAAGAAAAGCCAGCAUGGCGGCAGCUACGGAGUCGACGUGAGCCCAACCCCCGUCCCCCCAUUGAACAACACAUACUAA